GCAUAAGAAAUUUUGAAGGAUAAAUACUUAGCUGCCAUUGCUGAUUCUAUCCAUCUUGAUUCUUGAAUCUUUCUUCUCCCAUCCUGUUUUCCGCAUCUACUCAGCAAUAUUCCAAUUUGAAUAACCCAAAUAGAACUAGGGUUCUUCUUCCUCUUUCUCUUCCAACAAUUAAUCUUCUCCCGGCACGUCUUCCCAUACUCCCCGAACUCCAUAACCAAAUCAUAGUAUUCAUGGCAAAAUCUUCAAGUGGCAACAAAAAUGACAUCCGAAUCGUUGUUGCUGGUGAUCCUGCUACUGGUAAAUCCAGCUUGAUUCUUACCGCGGUUUCCGAAAAUUUUCCGACCAAUGUUUCUCCGGUUUUGCCGCCUUCUCGUCUUCCUGACGAUAUGUUUCCUGAUCGUGUUUCUAUUACUAUCAUCGACACUUCAUCUAGUGUUGAACUGAGGAAUAAAGUCGGGGAGGAGAUGAAGCGUGCUGAUGUUGUUGUGCUAACUUACGCGUGUGAUCGUCCGGAGACUCUUGAUCGUUUGAGUACUUAUUGGCUUCCUGAGCUACGUCGAUUACAGGUUAGAGUCCCUGUUAUAGUUGUGGGUUGCAAGUUAGAUUUGAGGGAUGAGGAGCAGCAAAGCAGUCUGGAGCAGGUGAUGUAUCCAAUCAUGCAAAAUUUUCGUGAGAUUGAGACUUGUAUAGAAUGUUCUGCAUCCAGACAUAUACAGAUUCCAGAGGUAUUUUAUUAUGCCCAAAAAGCUGUACUUCACCCCACAGCACCAUUGUUUGAUCAAGAGACUCAGACAUUGAGACCACAAUGUGUCAGGGCGCUGAAACGCAUAUUUAUAUUGUGCGACCAUGACAAGGACGGUGCGCUAAGUGAUGCAGAGUUGAAUGAUUUCCAGGUUAAGUGCUUUAAUGCUCCUCUCCAACCAUCAGAAAUAACAGGUGUUAAGAGGGUCGUGGAAGAAAAAUUGCCUGAAGGAGUAAAUGGUCGUGGUCUCACUUUGAGAGGAUUUUUAUUUCUUCAUGCCCUUUUCAUCGAAAAAGGGAGGUUGGAGACGACAUGGACUGUCUUGCGUAAGUUUGGAUAUAAUAAUGAAAUCAGGCUUGAUGAAGAUUUCCUUCCACCUUCAUUUAAACAAGCCCCGGACCAGGGUGUGGAGCUGACACUUGAUGCUGUAGAAUUCUUGAGAGGAAUCUUCAGUAUGUAUGACAAUGAUAAUGAUGGUGCUAUACGCUCUGCCGAUUUGGAUGAUCUUUUUUCUACAGCACCAGAUUGUCCUUGGAGCAAAGGUCCAUACUUAGGGGCUGCACCAACAACUGCAUUGGGAGGUUUAACAAUGGAUGGGUUUUUAUCCAAGUGGGCUCUUAUGACCUUUCUGGAGCCAGCUAAGAGUGUGGAGUAUUUGAAGUAUAUAAUGUAUAAUGGGGAUGCUGCUUCGGCUAUUCGUUUGACUAGAAGGCGGCGUACAGAUCGCAAGAAGCGGCAAUCAGAGAGAAAUGUUUACCAAUGUUUUGUCUUUGGACCAAAAAAGGCCGGUAAAUCAGCAUUGUUGGAUGCUUUUUUGGGAAGACGCUUCUCUGAAAAGUAUGGUGCAAAUGCUGAAGAGCGAUAUGCUGUUAAUGUCGUAGAAGGGCCCAGGGGAGUCAAGAAGUUUCUUAUUUUGAGAGAGAUACCUGAAGAUAAAAUUAAGAGCAUACUUUCGGCAAAAGAAUCUUUAGCUGCUUGUGACAUAGCGAUUUUUGUAUAUGACAGUUCUGACGAAUUAUCGUGGAAAAAGACUGCUGAAUUGCUGGUAGAGGUUGCUGGCCAUGGAGAAGAUACUGGGUAUGAGGUGCCUUCUCUUAUUGUGGCCGCUAAAGAUGAUAUGGAUCCAUAUCCUAUGGCUAUCCAUGAUUCAACUCGGGUUAGCCAAGAUAUGGGUAUUGAUGCCCCAGUGCCUAUCAGUGCCAAGUUGGGGGACUUCAACAACAUAUUCUGUAGAAUUGUGAGUUCAGCAGAGCGUCCUCAUUUGAGCAUUCCUGAGACUGAAGUUGGACGAAGCAGAAAGCAAUACCAUCGUCUCGUCAAAAGUUCUGUUACUUUUGUUUCAGUUGGAGCAGUUGCCGCCCUUGCCGGAUUGGCAGCUUACCGUAUUUAUGCAGCAAGGAAGAAUUCCAACUAAGAAAAGUUCAUUUCCUCCCUGCCAUAUUUGUUCCUAGUAUGGGUACCCGCCUUGUGUCGUUCAUUGGAGACGCGCACACCGAAGUUUGGGCUUUCAGGUUUGUAUCUCAAAUGCAAGGUUUUUAUGGUAGUGUAUAGUGGUUUUAUUAGUGAUUAUGUGCACAGUAUGUGCAAUAAAAAUUUUGCCAAUUAUUAGUUUUACAUUGUUAAGCAGCAAUGAUUUAAGUUGACAAAAUUUAUAAUGUUUGAUUGCCAUUUAUCUUUUUGAUAUUACUUAGUUAAUGUUAAGGUUUUGUAUCAUGCAAGCCUCAUGCCCAACUAUGUAGUCCAAACUUUUUCUUAGGGGCUGAUCUAGAACAAAUUUAAAUGUCGAUAAUAUUUGUUAAAAUGUGCUUAAUGUAUCUGAGUCAAUACUUUCACGUAAUAAAGCUCUUAUCAAUUUAAUAACUACA